UCAGAGUGACGUCAGAGAUCAAUGGCCAAUCUCUACGCAGAGCGCCAAGUUUCUGUCGCAGCGUCAAAAACAUGGCGGAGAAGGAUGCAGAAAUUGGAUUCAAAAAGGACACAGUAAGCAAACUCUUGUCAAGUUUCUUCAAGGAGGACAAAACCAGACUAAGUGGUGAUGCUGCGUUGCUCAUGGCAGAGAUGCUCAAAGUAUUUGUUCAAGAGGCUGCUGUGAGAUCACAGAAACAAGCAGAAUCUGAGGACUGUGAACAAGUGGACAUUGAGCACUUUGAAAAAAUCCUACCCCAGCUGCUGCUGGACUUCUAGCACAGUGAUGCCACAAGAUGGAGCCAGAGUGUCGCCUGUGUGUUCGUUCUUUAAUCCUACAACUUCAGUUCCUACACCUACAAGUUUAGUUUAACUGAUGUUUAUAUUUUAUGUAUAACUGCAAUUUCAUAAUCACUUAAAUCUAAAAUUACAUUAAGAUUCUCAUUCUGUAUUUAUUGGAGUUGUUUGAUUUUAAGUGGAAAGCAGCAGUGUUGUCUGCACGCUUCCCUGCCACCACCAAUAAGUCCCACCUGUGCUCUUCUGUACAACAACAGGUGCUUCCAGCAUGCUCCAUGGCGCCCUUCAUCAAAGCCUCCUGGAGCAGUUGGAAGCAAUUAGAGUAAUAAGGGGAGCAGCCAGUCCCUUAGAUGAUGACAAGUGCCAGGAAAAAGGGAGUACCCCCUCCGGCCACUUUGAAGUUCCCUUUUGCUGUCCUGCGAUGUUUAGUUAGAGGUGGGGGGAAGGGCAAAGGGGACCUCUGGCACAGGGGGAAAGUUGAAUGGUAGUGUGCGUGCACGAAUGUGUGCAUGUGUUAGCCAAACAUGGCCAGAGACCACACGCGGAGAUAUUCUGUUUGAAAGGAAACAUAACAAAACACAUUGGAGCAUGGUCCAAGAAGAGCAGGGUGUAAUUCUGAAGGUAAAUAAACAAAAGAGGCGAGUAGUGGAGGUGCUUUCUCUCCUUUCAUCACAGCAGAGGGGGAAGUUGGGCCUGCAAGGGAGAGGGUAAUGUGGGGUUUUCUAAGUGCCUCUGAUGGUUUUCCACCAGUGGUGUAUUUGACCAACGUGUCUUCACUGUGAGUCAGCAUAGCUGUACAACACCUCACACUAUUUAUUUGUGUGGCUCUUGGGUGACUCACUGCGCUUACAAAUGCUGCUCACAUACAGCUGGAAGCAACUUAAGCUAAAGUCAAGAGUCCAGGCUCAGAUAGGUGCGCUCAGGGACACAGCACCUGGAAUUUGACCCGGCACCUUUUUACUAGGGCCCAGACUGGAUUUGUGUUUCCCAGGAGUAACUUUCACAGCAGGCCUUCAGGAGAAGGUGUGUUUGGUUGAGUGAUGUUUAGUUUAAUAAUACCACAAGGACCAUUAGCACACACAAAAAAAACCCCAGCUUUGUGAAGUAAACAAUUUAUUGUUUUAAUAAUUAGUCAUUCAUAGCAGCAAGUCCUGCCCUCUAGUUUUAGUGUAGUACAAUACACUCCAGAAGCACCGCUUUGACAACCUGCUCACUCAGAUGAAAUGCUGCAAGCAGUUUUUAUUACCAGAUAUGAAACCAAAUGAUCUUGCUAAAAGUACAAUACCAUGGUAAGAAAUAACUCUGUAAAAGGUGUAGUUUGGAUAUUAGUAUAUCUUCUCCCACUGUCAAUCCUUGCAGAUGAAAUAAAAACAAUUGUUCUGUUGGA